AUGGAAGACUCCACCUUUUUGUCUCAAAGAAAAUAUGCCAAGAACAUAGUCAAAAAGUUUGGAAUGGUAAUUGUGAGUCACAAAAGAACUCUUGCACCAACACACCUAAAGCUAUCUAAAGAUGAAGGGGGCAUAAGUGUUGACCAGAGUUUGUACAGGAUCAUGAUUGGAAGCUUGCUAUAUCUAACAGCCAACAAACCAUAUAUUGUAUUUGGAGUUGGAGUAUAUGCUAGAUAUCAAGCAGAGCCAAAGUUCUAUCAACAUCUCCAAAAUCCAAUUCAGCAUAGCAGAACCAAACAUAAUGAUAUCCGACAUCACUUUAUUAGAGAACUUAUAGAAGACAAGUUGAUUUGCUUGGAACAUGUAUCCAUUGAAAUUCAGCUAGUUGACAUUUUCACAAAAGCUCUUGAUGCUACACAGUUUGAAAACUUGCGAAGCAAGCUAGGAGUCUGCAUCUUUGAGGAACCAUAA